AUGUCUCUGUCUGGCAUCAUGGCGGCCUGGAGGAAGCCUUUCGAGCCGCUUGUUUCCACCUUCACGGCGGUCUUGGAGAAGAUGAUGGUCGUGGGGAUCCUCCGUUACGAGAUGCAGGUGAGCUUCAUGCCUGAUGCAGACAUUCGUAACCUACCACACGCCUGCCAUGAGCCCUCUCUAUCCAUCACGGAAACUUGUGAUCAGAUUCAUUCCGAGCUGCUGGUCCUGUUGGAGCUACUUAAUUUUCCCAGGAAAAGAGAGAUGGGAAGAAGACAGCCAUUGGAACUUGUUAACAUGGCUUCAAUGGAAAUCUCAUCACCCACCUCUUUCAUGGAUUCAGAUCCAUCUUUCUCAGUGGGAGAUGAGGAAGUAAGCAUGAAGAAUUCGGACGAAGAGCACAUGACGCUUCUACAUGAGUGUGGGAUCUCGUUCCCUUGCCUUCCCGAGUACAACCAUCACCUGAGGCAUCAGCACAAGAGUGUUGCACACCGUGAGCCCCAUGCAUGUCCUCACUGCCAGACGAAAGUCCUGUCGGCAAGGGCCCUGGAGAAGCAUCACAAGCUCCGUCAUUCGAAUCUACCUGUGUCUGAUCUGUGCAAGCUUUGCAAGCAAAAUGUAGUAACAGCAACAGAAGAUCCAGUGAUUGUUCCUAUCACUUCAAAGCCUCCUUUGGAAGUAGUCGGCCAUCAAUGUCUGCACUGUCCUCGCACUUUCACUAACAAGAAGCAUCUCAACAUCCAUGCCAAGGUUCAUUCUGUUCAAGAUGGUGAGCUGCUGGUGGGGAAGGUCCCAGAGGGACUCCCUUUUCUCACGUGCCUCACGUGUCGCAUAACUUGUCCGACGGUGAACGGCUUCAAGAAGCAUCGUUGUACUCUGCCUCCUGUUGUCUCCCAGCUGGUUACCCAAGGGAACAUGGAACGGGAGAGCCAAAGCACUGAUGGAAGUCACAUCCUAGCCCAGAGUGUCGAGGUCCUCAAACGUCUCACGGCUUUCAUCUGUGCGACGUGCAAGGAACGCUACAAGAGCUUUGAGCGGAUCUCGUACCACCUGUCUCGAUGUGAGGUCUUGCCUCUGUAUUCCUGUGAGCUCUGCUCCGAGUCCUUCUCUUCCCGUGCUCUUCUGAACCGGCACAAAGUCAAAUCCCAUCAUGGUGAGAGAGCCUUCUUCUGUGAUGAGUGUGAUCUGUCUUUUGAGUAUCGGCCUUCACUGCACAAGCACAAGGUCCAUCAUCAUGAGCAGAAGAAGACCUAUUUUGCUUGUGAACACUGCCCCAAGCGUUUCAUCAAGAAAAUCUUCCUGACGAAUCAUAUCGCUCGCAUGCAUGGGGUUGGGAACAUUAAGAAGAACUUCCUCUGUCAGAUGUGCGGCCUCAAGUUCACGCGGCAGUCGGCACUGACGGCUCACCAUCGGCAGUGCCACUCCGAAGGCGAGGAAGCUCCAUUUUCCUGCUCCUACUGCUCCAAGAAAUUCAGACGGCGUGAUCGCUUUAUUUUCCAUGAAAGAUCUCACACUGGUGAAAAGCCAUUCAGGUGCGAGGAGUGCAACAAGGCAUUCACCCGCAGCACCAAGCUGGAGGAGCACAAGCGUCGACACCGAGGAGAGAAGCGGCAUCGAUGCGUCUCCUGUAACAAGUCCUAUUCCAACUCCUGGGAUCUCAAAAUGCACAACAAGAAGCAUCAUCCUAAGAACAAGGAGGAAUGCACGAUUCAUCGGAACCCGGAACCGACGUCCGCGACGGGGACGAUCCCCUUGACGGAAGUCUUCAUCUCGUCCUCUCAUCCGUCUAGUGGAAGGACAUUGGAAGAACAGUUCCUUCCUUCAGAUGGAGCACAAAGAGUGUCAGUGAGCCUGGAGCCAGAUGGGAGUGGGAUCGUGGGAGCCGGAUCGACCCUUCAACUCCAUCUUCCCGCCAGCUCCACCCUCGAGGGCAUCCCCACCCUCUUCUAUACGCCCACACUCGAUCCGAAGAACACUUUUGACUCGGGCGAUUCGAGGGUGCCGUUGGGACCGGACGACAAAUCGGAUAAAUUGGAGGAAUUCUACAAGCAGCAGGGCUGGAACCUAUACCUAUUCGGCUGGGGCUGCGAGGACGAGUGCCGCUACGACUGCAUGUGGCAGAGGGUGAACGCCUUCAUUCGCGACGGCACGCCCAUCCCUCAGUAUCACGGCAAGUGGCCGUUCGUCCGAUGGCUGGGGAUCCAGGAGCCUGCGUCGACCGUCUUCUCCCUGGGAAACCUCUUCGCUCACGUGUACAUGUUGGGUGCGUUCCGGAAGAUGGUCGCGCCCUCGACGCCUUUCUACCGGUGGUGGCACCUCUUCGCCUUCGUACGUCGCCCGUUUUUUUUUUUUCCACAU